GGUCACUCUCUUAUUUCGUCUUCGUUUGGUUUAUCGCUCUUCUUCUUCUUCUUCUUCUUCCUCUUCCUCCUUCUCUCUUCCACCACAAACUCCUCCUCUUCUCUCCUUCUCCCAUUCAUCCCGUUCCUUUCGAAGCAGAGCUCCGGUAGUUCUAGCAAUUACCUCGGCCGCUACGUUUUUUGGGGCAUUGUUCAUAAUUCUUGCUUGACUACGUCGCUUUGCCUUGUCUUUGCAUCAGAUACCUUGCGUGUGCACUGCAUUGCUAUCAUACCCCUUUUCACUUAAUUACUUCGUUGCGGCUGCUGGCUUUUCAUCGUUUCUUAUUUGAUCGCCUUCGGUUUCACACUGUCGACUCGGCUCAGUUCUCGUCAUCCUCAAGCCCAGGACGCCCCAACCGGACUACCAAGAACCGACCUGCCAGACGAGUAGUUCAUCACUCAGGUUCUGGUCAGUCGUCACACCCGACUGCAACAUUGUCAGACAAAUCAGCAGUCAUCAGCCUGGUUUAGUUAUCCGCCCCGAGGCGGCAAUUCGACUCAAUUUAGCGUCAUUCGUUCCAUCCGAGACCCCGUCACACCCGAGUCACAACUCUGCAGGAAGCGCCCAGCUUACCUGCACAUCGACCUGCAUCUCUAGAGGGUGCCUGAGAGAGCAAAACAGGAAAAGAAAAAGGAAGACAGACAGUCUCUUUGAGCGUAGAGCUUAGAGUUACAAGCGCCAAUCUCAGUAAGGUUGCCAGGUUGCCAAGCUUGCGAAAGCACCGACUAUCUCCGUUUGGACACUGUUCUGAACCUGUGUUCUACCCGACAUCAGAGACGUUCUGAACACUUGUACGAGUUUGUGGUAAAUCCGUCCAGUACGGAUACCCGUUCCAUCACACAAGCAAAGGUCGUUCAAUCGCGGCCUAACACAAGGAUCUACACGGCAACAACGCCCAUCAGUACUUGACCGAUUCCAUCGGCGUCGGUGGUCCGUAAGGUCCGGUUGUUUCCCAGGUUCCAUUUCCUUGGACUCUGGAGUCUAGAAAGUUGCUUGGUCGACCUUCUUUUGUGUGUGGUCUCCACGUUGUAGGAACUGUUCUUUGGUACUUGCUACUUCUCGGCUCGCCAGCAGUCAGUUGUGUCUGCUAUUACCGCUUGGUGUUCGAACUUCGCUCGGCCUUAGCGGAGAACAGGUCCCUGCCACCACCCGACCCCCUGCCAGCUUCCACGGUUCGCCUACCAAGUCGGAAGUACCUACCUUGAGGUACCCGUGCCUUCCACCACAUACCUUUCGGAGAAAGGUACUUAGGUUUUCUGCCGUGCAGCCCACGCCCCCGGAAGGUGCUAUUAUUACUCUUUCGUCACUGCCGCUGCAUUAUUUUUUGCGACAAUUAAUUACCACCUAGCCGUCCAUCGCUCACUUUCCGGCCAUUCAACUCACCUUGCACCUUGGAUCGGUUCGCGCGGUACAGAGUACUUCGCUCCUCCAUCCAUACACCCAUACCCCGAUCUCCAUCCACAUCUCUCUCACUUUCCACGCCCCGUCGGCGGAGAUACACUAUUCUUAACCAUGUCGGGCUUCGUCUCCUCGCCCACCGCCCUGCACCCGGCCCUCAGUAAUCCGAAUCCGCUUCCGCCGCCAGCGCCAUUGUCACUGCAACAGCACCAGCCGUCCUCGUUGCCGUCCUCGUCGCCCUCUUCCGACCCCCAUGGAGUUAAAACCUCGCUUUCCGACCGCCCCAAAAGCUCCAGCGCCAGUGUCAGCACCACUACCGUCCACGACCGACCUCUCUCUUCUUCCGCCUCCACCUCCAACUCCGUCUCCCAUUUACACUCGCAGACACACUCGCACUCACUGUCACUGCAUCGCAAUGCUGGCCCGGUAGCAGAGGAGGAACCCUACGCUGGCGCCCAAGCCGGAUUUCCCGCUACAGCUGCUGCAACACAAAACCCCUCGUCCUCGAUAAGAAGAAGCUCCCUAUCAAUAACCUCUACCGCCGCCUAUCCCGAACUGCUCCCGCCUCCUCUUUCCAAGUCUACCAACGCCAACGCCAGCGCUGCCGCCCAUCCUCCCAAGGGCCAUCGUCGCGCACCUUCCCACGAAGUUCCCCGCCAGACUAUUAUGAAAGCCUUGGCCUCGGUUGUUCGCAGAAAUAAACCCGAAGCCCUCUCACUUACCGGCAUGUUGUCCCAGCAAGGCGGUUGCGACAACCGCCCCGCCACUUCUUCAUCCCAGAAGCUGGCCGACGCCUUGAACGAGCUGGCCAACCGGAGCAUGACCCCCACCACCGCCCUACCCUCCUUGCAGUCCCCCUGCUUCUACCACAACCGAUUCGAUGAUGCCGUCAACAUCGACAAGGUUCUCGAGGAGAUUAAGAAUGACGACUGCAUGUCACACUCUAGGCUCGUGCAGACAGCCACCGGCGUCCGCGAGGUCUCCAAGCAGUUGCAACGUCGCCCCAUCAAGCGCGCUGUUCGCAAUGUCAUGAUUGUCACCAAGGCUCGCGAUAACCAGCUCGUCUACUUGACCCGCGAGCUCGCUACCUGGUUGCUUCGCACUCCGAGGUAUGGUGCCGACGUUGGCGUUAAUGUCUAUGUGGAUGCCAAGCUGCGCAACUCUCGACGCUUCGAUGCCAAUGGCAUUGUUGCAGAGAAUCCUGCGUAUCAGGACAUGCUUAAGUACUGGACGCCUGAUUUAUGCUGGAGCCAACCUGAGAAGUUCGACCUAGUCCUCACCCUCGGCGGUGAUGGAACCGUUCUGUUCACAUCAUGGCUUUUUCAGCGCAUCGUGCCUCCCGUCUUGUCCUUCAGCCUGGGUAGUCUCGGCUUCCUAACGAGCUUCGAAUUCGAAAAGUACACGCAGCACUUGGACCGGAUCAUGGGAGACGAGGGCAUGCGUGUCAACUUGCGUAUGCGCUUCACCUGCACUGUCUACCGUGACGGCACUCUUGGCCAAGAGGCGGAGGAAGGAGAGCAAUUCGAGGUUCUCAACGAACUUGUUAUCGACCGCGGCCCAUCCCCAUAUGUUUCGAACUUGGAACUCUACGGCGAUGACGAGCUUCUUACUGUCGUGCAGGCCGACGGCUGCAUUUUCUCCACUCCGACAGGAUCAACUGCUUAUUCUCUUUCGGCCGGAGGUUCCUUGGUACACCCCGACAUCCCGGCUAUUCUCCUGACACCUAUCUGCCCGCAUACCCUCUCAUUCCGCCCGAUGGUUCUCUCUGACACGAUGCUCCUCCGCGUGUCGGUGCCGCGCAAUUCGCGCGCAACGGCGUACUGCGCCUUUGAUGGCAAGGGUCGUGUUGAGUUGAAGCAAGGAGACUACGUCACCAUCACCGCCUCACAAUAUCCAUUUCCUACAGUUGUCCGAACUCAGACGGAGUGGUUCGACAGCGUUUCCCGCACUCUUCGCUGGAAUACGCGCGCCGCAACGCAAAAGGGCUUCGACCCCUCUGCUGGCGGCAGCCUCUGCCCGUCUGAGGACGGCAAGGAUGAAGAUCCGGAGUGGGACAUUGACACCGACUCGGCCUGCUACGCUAGCGAGGACGGGAGCAUCAGUGCGAGUCCCUUGAGAAGGCAGAUGAGUCUGCUGGGCAUGUGAUUAACGGCCGUUUGUUUAUUCGUGAAAGACAGAGCAUCAUGAUUCCCAACUUUCUUCGAAAUCACAAAAGAGGCAGCUCAGCUACGCAAAGCAGCACGCUCUGUUCAGUUCGACUAUGCUGCACUGCACCUUUGCAUUUCGCCCCACGAGCGAGGAGGGUGGGCUAGACUAAGAUGUUUUGGCAUCUUUUAUUUCUUUGUUUUAUAGACUUGAGCGAUUUCGCAAGGCAUAAGAAAGACGGAAACGCAUGGGACGCCCACUGCUGUGUGUGCGUGGAUGCGUGGAUGGAAAGACUGAGAUCUGACAUGCUCGCAUGAGCAGUGUUGUUUAACAUCAUCAUCAUAAGACGAGGGAGAUAAUACUGGCAUUGGCACUGGCACGGUAUAUACUUGCAUGAGGUAGCUGUCGGGUGCGCAGGCCAACGUACCCGCCCGCCUUUCAACUUGAAAGAAGAGAGGGGAAGAGGAUGUCGAUCCUCUUGUGACCGGCGAAUACAUAGUCUCAAGAGAGAGAAAGAGAAAUAGAAACAAAGAGAGUGAGAUCAAAAUCUCACCAGCAUCUGCGGUUGGUGCUAGAUCCGACUAGCAGGUGUGGUCACAUACCAAACAGCUUUUGCCACAAACGUGAAC